CCGACCACAUGUGUGACAAAUAAUAAUGGUCCACAUCAAUUACAAAACCGGCCAUUUUGUGACCUAUGUUGUUUUUACUUACAAUUAUUACAAAACGAAAAAUGAAAAUAUGAAAAAGACACACACACACACAUAUAAAAGAACACUAGAGAGACUAUAAUAAGAACAAAGAAGAGUAGUCACCGACGAUCACCGUCACCGUCCGAUCAUGUCAACGGCUCUGAUCACCUCCCUCACCUACUACCUCUCCGAACAUCCCUACAUAGUCGGUUUCCGUUGGUGCCACAGCCAAUCAUGGGCCUCCACGUGGUCAUUUCUCAUCACCUCCAUCUUCCUCUACAUAACCGUCUCCUCCUCCCUCCACCUCCUCCUCUCCGCCGUCCUCCGCCGCGACCGCCCCGUCCCCUUAGGCCACCUCCCGGACAUCCACAGCCUCCUCAUGUCCCUCCUCUCCGCCACCAUCUUCGCCGGCAUCCUCCUCUCCGCCGCCGCGGAGAUUCGCGACACACGGUGGCUCUGGCGCCGGAGCAAAACCGCCACCCCUCUCCAGUGGCUCCUCUGCUUCCCGCUCGGGACGCGCGCCUCGGGGCGCGUGUUCUUCUGGUCCUACGCGUUCUACCUCACGCGGUUCCUCCACAUGCUCCGGACCGUCUUCGCCGUGCUCCGUCGCCGGCGCCUCGCCGUGUCGCAGCUCUUUUGUAACUCCGCCAUGGCCUUCACGGCUUUCCUCUGGCUCGAGUUCUCGCAGUCUUACCAGGUUUUAGCUAUUCUGUCGACCACGUUGGUUUACUCUGUGGUUUACGGGUAUAGAUUCUGGACCGGGUUCGGUUUACCCGGUUCGGUUUUUCCUUCGUUUGUGGUGAAUUGUCAGCUGGUUCUCGUGGUUUGUAAUCUCGUGUCUCACGCUGGGGUGCUUACGAUGCACCUCGUUAAAGGCGGAUGCAAUGGGAUCGGCGCGUGGGGGUUAAACUCUGUGAUCAACGGUGCGAGUUUGUUGCUGUUUCUUAAUUUUUAUAUGAGAAUGCAUUCGUCGAUGCGACGUCGUAUUGUUAACACUUCUCCCGAACUUGAACCAGCAGACGUAGUAAUGCAGAAGUAGGGUGGUUCUCUUGAGUUGAACCUUUUUUUAAUUCUUCUCACUAAGACAAAUCUAAAACCUUCUCUAAAUCACUAUAUAAUUUAAAACUUUCGUUCUUGCUUAGCUAAGAUACUGACUCUAGUAUUGUAUGCAUGGUUAAUUGUUAACAAUUUACUUACUAAUUUUCCUAUUUG